GCUGCCACCCACCCACCUCCUUCCCCACACUAGUUUCUUCCCAUAGUGCUUUCUCGGCCCGGUCAGGUGACAGGCUUUGGAGCAGCUGGCCAGCCUCGUUGUCGCUCUCCAUCAUCCUAUGCUCGUAACACGCACCGUCGCCAAGCGGGAGUGCAAGGGAACGGGAUAGAGGCUCAUACUAACGGAUUGAUCUGAAUAUUUUCAAGAUAUUGGACGGAACUGAUUUAGGGUCAACGGCAUGGUCGAGCGAACAGCAUUUCUGUUGUUAUGGGUGGCGACCUUGACGCUGACAUCGGAGGUGCCAUCUGAUGACUCAGUGGCUCUGCUAGCGGAGCCCCAGGUAGCCAUGUUCUGUGGGAAGCUCAACAUGCACGUCAACGUCCAGAGUGGCAAGUGGGAGCCGGACCCCUCCGGCACCAAGAGCUGCAUCGGAACCAAGGAGGGCAUCCUGCAGUACUGCCAGGAGGUGUACCCUGAGCUCCAGAGCACAAACGUGGUGGAGGCCAACCAGCCAGUCAGCAUCCAGAACUGGUGCAAGAAAGGACGCAAGCAGUGUCGCAGUCACACACACAUCGUGGUGCCCUACCGCUGCCUGGUUGGGGAGUUUGUGAGUGACGCGCUGCUGGUUCCUGAUAAGUGCAAGUUCCUGCACCAGGAGAGAAUGGACAUGUGUGAGAGCCACCUGCACUGGCACACCGUGGCUAAAGAGUCCUGUGGAGACCGCACCAUGAAUCUCCAUGACUACGGCAUGCUGUUGCCAUGCGGCAUCGAUCGUUUCCGAGGGGUGGAGUUUGUGUGUUGCCCGGCAGACACGCAUCUCGAGUCAGAGAGCGUUGAGCUGACUGAGUCUGACGUGUGGUGGGGCGGAGCCGAGACUGAAUACACCGAUAAAGGCAUGCUUCACCAGGCGGAUCAGGGGGCUGCCACCACUGAGGAUGAUGAGGAUGCCUUCGAUAGGGACGAGGACGGUGACGGUGAUGAGGAUGAAGAUGAUGUGACUGACAAACGGGACAGUGGUGACCGCACCUCCGACAUCGCCAUGACAACUACCACCACGACCACCACUGAGUCGGUUGAGGAAGUUGUCAGAGUGCCCACCACAGCCCCUCCCCCCCCUGACGCAGUGGACCAUUACUUGGAGUCUACUGGAGACAACAACGAACACGCAGACUUCCAGAAGGCCAAGGAGAGUCUGGAGGCCAAGCAUCGCGAGAGGAUGUCCCAGGUGAUGAGAGAGUGGGAGGAGGCAGAGAGACAGGCCAAGAGUCUCCCUCACGCUGACAAGAAGGCUGUCAUUCAGCGCUUCCAGGAGAAGGUGGAGGCCCUGGAGCAGGAGGCAGCAGGAGAGAGACAGCAGCUGGUGGAGACCCACAUGGUCCGGGUGGAGGCCCUGCUCAACAGCUGCCGUCGCAUGGCCCUGGAUAACUACCUUAGCGCCCUGCAGGCCAACCCACCCAGGCCUCGUCAGGUGCUGGACCUUUUGAAGAAGUAUGUCCGUGCAGAGCAAAAGGACAGACAACACACCCUGAAACACUACGAACACGUCCGCAUGGUGGACCCCAAGAAGGCUGCUCAGAUCCGACCCCAGGUGAUGACCCACCUGCGUGUGAUUGACGAGAGGAUGAACCAAUCCCUGGGGCUGCUCUUCAAAGUGCCCAGCAUGGCCAACAAAAUCCAAGACCAAGUUUCGAUCCUGAUGCAGAGGGUUCAGUCAGAGCUGUCUCAGCAAGUCUCAUCUCUGCAGAGUGAUGCGUGGACUGAUGUCAGGGUGAGCUAUGGGAACGAUGCCCUGAUGCCUGACCAGGCCUACAGCUCUGCCCCUCUGGACCCUGGUAUGGGCCUGGACAGACUCCGCUUCAUCCACCCAGAGAGUUUCAACCAACCCAACACCGACAACCAUGUUGAGCCUGUUGACGCUCGUCCAGUUCCAGAUAGAGGUCUGCCCACCCGGCCUGUCUCUGCCCUGAGGCCUGAGGAGUUCCAUGUGGUGCGGAUGGAGAAGGGAGAGAGGCAAAGCGCCAGCUAUGAAGUGCAUCAUCAAAAAUUGGUGUUCUUUGCUGAGGAUGUUGGCUCCAACAAGGGUGCCAUCAUUGGGCUGAUGGUGGGCGGGGUUGUCAUAGCGACAGUCAUCGUCAUCACUCUGAUCAUGCUGAGGAAGAAGCAGUACACCUCCAUCCAUCACGGAGUCAUCGAGGUGGAUGCUGCAGUGUCCCCAGAGGAGCGACACCUGUCCAAGAUGCAGCAGAACGGUUAUGAGAACCCCACCUACAAGUUCUUCGAACAGAUGCAGAACUAAGGAGCUACCCUUUGAUCCCUCACUGACCCUGAACCCUCCUUAACCCCUCACACCUAGGCCCCCGUUCCAUUUUGGUCCCUAAACCCUUAUCCUAGCUCCUACUCUUAUUUUCAAUGGAUCUUAAAGGACUGGAUAGGUGAAACCAGUAUGACUGAAGCUCCACGUAAAUCUAUUGUGUUAUUAUGUAUAGCUACCCAGGGGUAGUGAAGGCCAAGGGGCUAGGAGCCUAAAUGGAACCAAGCCACACACUCUCCAUCCCUUCCUCGUAGAGUGCAGCACAUCAACAUCCAUAAGCUGCCAUUAGUCAGACAAGGGUAUCCUUCUUCACCUACACAUUUUUAGCCAAUCACAGAUGAGAUCCUGUAGCGUUUGUACAAAAUAGAGAAGCACAUUGAUUGAUUUAUCAGUCCAUGUAUCUGUGGGUUGGCCCUCCCCCACAGUACAGCACUCACAUCUCUAAGAGGGCUAAACAGAGGCCUCAUAUACACCUGUAAUCUUCCUCCCUCUGAAGCACUCUGCUCUCCCCCUCCUCCUCCCUCCAUCUCUCCUGCGCACUCCUCUCCCACUGCCCCUCAGAUGACGGCUGUGCUGUUUUUGGUGAUGACAUAACAGCUUUUAGUGCUAGCGAAGGGAGGAUGGGCUCAGUCUACCCUGAGCUCCUCUCUGCAGGAUUAUAUCCCAAGAGUUUCAGGUUUGUUUUUCAGGAAAAACAUAUAUACAAAAAAAUAUAUAUAUGUCAUCGGAAAUAUGUAAAUGAAGAAAUAUUCAAUGUUUUUAUUUUGUGCAAAAUGUAUUGAAACAAGGCAGAGAAAAGCUCUAACUAAAUGUAGUGCAUGGUGAUACUGAUGACGGAUAUACAUAGAGAACCUGGCUCCUGUCAUGGGGACUGGGCCUCACAUGUACACUUAGCAGGAGUGAACAUUUUAGUGUCUUCUUUGAUCUUGUGAUAUGAAGAGAAAAGUAUUUCGAAUCUGUUUUUUGUUGUCACAGAGACAUGCUUUAAACAGAAUCUGUGCUCUCCUUUGUUUUCUCCUCCCCAUGCCUCAUUCUGUCUUAGCUGCAUGGGCUGAAUGCUCUAUAUGUAAUAUAAUAUGAAGUGUAAUAGUAUCUGAAAGGAAGUCGAUUGUGUUACUGUUUGCGUUCUAUGCACUCAUUUAGAGUCAGAUUAUUUACUGGUAUUACUGCUAUCUUUAUCGGCAUUCCCUGUCUGUUAACUGAUAUUCCAUGUCCAUAGAAUUGUGUUUCAGCUCCAUUCCUCAUUUUAUUCCAGAAAUCUCAGUAUUUCACCCUAUCUUUCCAAUUCCUAUAUCAUCUGUGAAUAUAAUUUAUGGAAACAGAAAUAAUUCAUAUUUUUCUCAGGCUUUCACUCUUUCUUUCCCUCUCUCUGUCCCAUAGACCCCCCCCAAACAGCCCUGCUCCCCAUCCCUUCUCUAUCACUCAAUAUCUCUGUCCCAUAGACCCCCCCCCCCCCCCAACAGCCCUGCUCCCCAUCCCUUCUCUAUCACUCCCUCUCUCUUUGUGCUGUGUCGGCUUGGUGUGUGCGGCGCUUUGGAGUUGGUGUGUAAGAGAGAAUUAGAUUAAGUUGAUAGAGGGGGCGGGGAUUGAGUGCGAUAAAGAUUAGAAUGUACAAAUCUGAUAUUCCCUGUCACCGUUCCUAUCAUCACUUGCACACACACAUUCCCUCCAGUGUUUGAUACAUGUACAGUGUACCUAUGUGUUUUGUGGUGGAUAUCCCCCUUCUUGCUUGUUUUGUUGUCAAAUCUCUCAUUACGUCUCAGACCUCCUGGCUUUAAAAGCAGAGGCUAAAGAAAUACUGACCUCAGACCAGUUUAUUGAUGGUAAAAUUGAUCUCGGACAAAUGUGUGCGAGGUUAAAUACAGGGACCUGGGCCUAGAUUCGCAAAACACUUAUUGUGCAAAAAUAAGCUCCUAAGUGCAAUUCCUCAACAAUCUUAUUUUCUUACGAACGUCUCAUAUCUUCUUACCAUUUUUUUAAUUUUUUAAGAUGUCUAGCUAGCCAUGGCAAACGUGUUUAGCAUAUUCCUUAGUGAAAAUACUGUUCUAAAACACGUUCUUGGAUUUAAAAUAAUCAAUACUGAAACUUUCAGAUGAUGUUCAAUUGCUUUCAUGAGCUUUUUCCCUCACUGCCCUGAGUUUAAGACAAGGGUUUAGCUAUAUCUUGGAAUUAAGAACAUUAUUUUCAAGAAUCUAAUAUAUCAAUGUUUUUCUCAAGGCAAAACAUAAGAAAUAGCACAAUUCCCCCCGCCCCAAUAACCUUGGAGGAAUAGCAACUUAAUUUUCUUCUUAAAUCUAUAGUUAAGGAAGAAAUGGCAGUUAAGAAUACAUUUAAGGUUUUGUGAAUCUGGGUCCUGAUAUGGAGGGCACAACGUCAAUGUUUAGAUUGAAAUGUGUUAUGUAGAACAGAUGUCAUUGUCUGUUAAGUAGUGUGUUACAUUUCUAUCUGCAACAUUCAGAAUGUUUCACCUCACUGAACACACCUCAGAUCUGGGAUCAGUAUUUAGAGGCAGUAGUAGAGACCAGACAUACCAGCUCCCAAAAUUAAGUCAAACUACAGCCUCCAAUAGACAUGAAUGUGACAUUCAUAUUGUGCAAUUAUUCCACAGAUCUACACACACACACAAACUGAAUCAGGUAAAUGUGUUGUCAAGGAUAUUCGUGCUAUCUUUCAUUAAUUCUGACUUUUGUUGUACCUUUACAAAGCUUUCUACACACAUCCCAUCAAUAAAAAAAAUGUAAUGUA